CGCUUCUCGCCUGAAGCCACGGCCCUUCCAAGAUUCAAACUUCAAGCAAAUCUCUAUUCUCUUCUACAGAGAUGCUGCUCCAUGAAACAGCUCAAGCAGCUCCAAGCUCAGCUCACAAGCCAUGGACUUCUCUCCGACACCCUCACCCUCUCCAGCCUCAUCGCCUUCUGCUCUCUCACCCCUUCCGGCGACCUCAACUAUGGCCGCCAACUGUUCGACCGCGUUGCCUUCCCCAACCGAUUCAUGUACAAUACAUUAAUUCGAGGUUACUCUAACAGCGAUACAAAAAUGGAGUCUUUCGUCCUCCUCCGCAGAAUGAUGGCACAAGGUUUAUUGCCCAACAACUUCACCUUUCCAUUUGUUCUCAAAUCUAUUGCUGAAAAAUCAACCCUUGAGGACUCGUUUGUGCUACACUCCAUGAUAAUUAAGACUGGUUUUGCAUCGCAGGUUGUCGUUAUGAAUGCCCUCCUUCAUGUUUAUGUUGUUUCUGGGCAUGUUUGUUGUGCGCAUAAGGUGUUUGAUGAAAUUCCUCAAAAGAGUAUUGUUUCAUGGAAUUCAAUGAUUGAUGGUUAUUCUCAGAUGGGUGAUUAUAGAAGCGGAUUUGAGUUGUUUAAAGUUAUGAGAGGUUUGGGUUUGGAGGCUGAUGAGUUCACUCUAGCCAGCUUGCUUUCAGUUUGCGCGCAAUCGAGAAAUUUGGAACUGGGCAGGGGUUUACAUCAUUUCAUUGUGAUGAAUCGCGUCAAUAAAGAUUUGAUUGUAAACAAUGCUUUGGUAGAUUUGUAUGGAAAAUGCGGGGAACUGAUUUUGGCUCAGGCAUGUUUCGAUAGGAUGCCGGUGAGAAAUGUGGUGUCUUGGACUUCACUCUUCCAAGGUUAUGCGAAGAAUGGCUUGCUCGAUCUUGCUAGGUCCCUUUUUGAACAAAUGCAAGAAAGAAGUAUUGUUUCAUGGAAUGCAAUGAUGGAUUGUUAUAUCAGCAGUGAUCAGUGUCAGGAAGCAUUGCUUCUUUAUGAGCGGAUGAAGAUCUCAGGUAUUGUCCCAGAUGAGGUAACUUUGAUCAAUGUUCUUUCUGCUUGUAGCCAGAUUGGAAAUUUAGUUGUUGGUAAGAUAACUCAUGAAUACAUAGUUCAAAACUUCACAAAUCCUAGUCUCAUCCUGCUGAAUUCUAUUAUCGACAUGUAUGUGAAAUGUGGCCAUCUGGAUGUUGCCUUAAGCCUAUUUAAUAUGAUUGAAAAGAAGAAUGUAGUAUCAUGGAAUGUAAUGAUUGGUGCUUUAGCAGUCCAUGGGAAUGCUUUAGAUGCUAUUGAACUCUUUAGAAGAAUGACAGGUUAUGGAUUCUCUCCUGAUGGAAUUACAUUUGUUGGUGUAUUAUCUGCAUGUAGCCAUGGAGGUUUACUAGAACUUGGCCACCAUUAUUUUGAAGCCAUGGAUGUUGUCUAUAAUGUUCGACAUGAAAUCGAACACUAUGCUUGCAUGGUUGAUCUGUUUGGUCGUAGCGGAUAUAUCGGUAGAGCGAUCGAGUUCAUAAUACGAAUGACGAUGAAACCCGAUGUUGUUAUAUGGGGUGCUUUGCUUGGAGCUUGCCGGAUUCAUGGUGAUUUGAGGACUGGCUUACAGGUAAUGAAACAACUACUGGAGCUGGAAGUUUACAGCUCUGGGUUAUUUGUGCUUCUGUCAAAUUUGUUUUGUGAGAUGCAGAGAAGGGAAGAUGUGAUGAAAGUUAGAAAGCUGAUGAAUGAGGGAGGGGUGAAGAAAGUUGAAGGAAGGAGUUUAAUUGAGGUAGGUGGCAAGAUUCAUGAGUUCCUUGUUGAGGACUUCAGGCAUGAGAGCUCAAGCAACAUUUACUUUCUUAUGGAUCAAUUGACAGAUCAUAUAAUGUCUUCAGUUUCAUUUUCAAGCUCUUUGGAGACAUUAUUACUCACAGAAGAAUGAAAAGUUCUCCAUUUCUUGUGGACAUUGUUUCUAUACUAUGGUAGUAACCAUGAUGACUAAUAAUUCAAGGCUUUAAUCGAUUGAUUGGAUUGAAAUAUCAUCAACAGGAAGAUCAAAAUUUUUUCUUAUAGAGCCAAUCGGAGGUGUUCAUGGUUUCAAGGACAUGACCAAUGUAUGUUGGAAGAAGAAAGAUAAUUCUGUGCUGACGCCGAACGCAACUCUACAUCCGGAUACUAAUCAGAAUGAGCUACGUCAGCGAUACCGAGCCGCGGGCUUAGGUACCCGGAUGGGGUUCCGCUUCCGCACAUAAUAAGUUUUCCAUCAGAUGGGGAUCAGAUCUUAGGAGCAAGUGGAAACAAGACAUUUCCAAGCUUGAGAUAGACCUAUCAGCUACUUUAUGACUAGUAAAUGUGAUAAAACAGUAAGGGAAGGCUAAUUUGUUAACCUUUUAUUAAGAAAACCAUCCUUAUGGUGUUAAGUGUUAUAUACUUAGGAUUUGUUUGACACUCAAUCAAAGAGUUAGGGGUUGAUUGGGAUCAGUUCUAAUGUUAUUUUUAUUUUUGUGUUUUUAAUUUAAUUUUAUUUAUAUUUUGAUUUGAAAUAUAAUGUUAUGAUUUAAUGAA